CUCAUAUCGACGACGACGACGAAACACGUUUCGUUUUGCAUGGGCAGUGUAUUUUUAAGAUUCCAACAAUGAAGCUGAAGGACGUGGAAUUCGCGCCCCUAUGCGUACCAUUCAAGCGGAGGCUCGAGACGCUCGCGGCCGCCGGAUGGAUUUACUUGGUGGUAUUCGGAGGACUAACCGGGUGGGCUGUUUUCUUGUACAUUUUAAUGGCCACACGGUUUUGGUGGGCAGCACUCAUAUACGGUUUAUGGAUCUACCUCGACCGGUCUGUAGCGUGGAAUAGCCCGGAAAGAUUUCGCUUUAUAAGAAGAUUGGGAUGGUGGACCCACUUUAAGAACUACUUUCCAGUAUCUCUAGUAAAGACUCAUGAUUUGCCAGCUGAUAAAUCGUAUCUAUUUGCCACUUACCCUCACGGUGUAUUGUGUGCUGGAUCAUUUUCUAACUUUGCAACAGACGCGGGACAAUUUUCCGAACUAUUUCCCGGUCUCACGUCGUAUCUUAUAACGCUCAAUUUACACUUUUGCAUGCCAUUUAGCCGUGAAAUUGGCAUAGGUUUAUGUCUUCAAGAAUCGUCGGAAAAAAGUUUGAUGAAUUUAUUGGAUAAUAAGAAAGGAAACGUUGCUGUUCUUAUGGUAGGAGGUGUUUCCGAAGCGUUCAAGUCUUUUCCAGGACCGUACCAUCUCAUAUUAAAAAAUAGGAAGGGAUUUAUCCGAGUUGCAUUACAAACUGGGGCGUCUUUAGUGCCUGUGUUUUCUUUUGGUGAGACAAAUGUCUACGGAAUGGGCCAAGCGGAGCCAAAUUCAUUCUGGGAUAAAGUGUUGAAAUUAAUCAAAUGGAAAAGCGGAAAUAAAGUACCAGUAGGACGUGGAUUUUUCCAAUAUAGUUUUGGUAUUGUGCCCCGCAGACAUCCAAUUGUAACUGUUGUGGGUAAGCCAAUUGAUGUUCCAAAAAUUGUUAAACCAGAAAAAGAAGAUAUUGAGAAGUACCACCAAAUAUUUAUUGACGAGUUGACUAAACUAUUCGAAGAACAUAAAACUAAAUACUCAAAACAUCCCGAUGAAAUGGAGUUGGUAUUGGAUUAAAUAAAAUAUGUUAUAUUAUAUAUUUUUACAGUCAUAUUUUCCUGAAAAUUAAUUUAUAGUUAUCUGAUAUUCUUAAUGUUGCAACUGUUUACUUGUUAUUAUUGUAUUCCUUUAAAUAUUUUUUAUUUGUAUUUAAUUUAAUGAUUUUAUUUAGGUGAAUGUGUCUUAACUGUAAUUGAGCUCAGUUUUAUUUUUGUAUUUGAAUUAUAAAGUACCUGCCAACC